AUGAGCGAGGACUGGACAACAGACUCAAAUACAGCGCUCCAUCUGUCGCUAGUGCGCGGAUCUAAAGACGCGUCUGUCCUCGCGCCUAAUGAGUCUUACACAGACUUUCACCCCACAUUCACCUACCCUAUAUACGGGGAAGACGAAAAGAUAUAUGGAUACAAGGACUUGGUCAUCGACCUCCGCUUCACUUCAGGCUCCCUUGCAUACUUCCUCUCCGUUCGUCACUCCGGAAAGCUAACCGCGUCAAACGUGGACGACCCCGAAGCCACGCUCCAGGAUUUCAUCCCAGAAUGUGAAAAGGACGAGAAAGUGUUCUCGUACCAAGUGGAAAAGGACGCCGCGUCAUUCCGUCCGUACGGCAAGUGCAUAUACGAGUACACGCGGAACAUUGGCGGAAGCGAAGUCGAGUUUGAGGUCUAUCAUGCUACCUUUGCUACGCCAGGUUUCAAAGAAUAUCAUCAACGCAUGCAGCUGUUCAUCCUGCUCUACAUUGAGGCUGGCUCGUAUAUCGACGACGAAGAGGAUGGCUGGGAGUUUGUCGUCCUGUAUGAAAAACGGAAACGCACAUCCAGUUCAGGCCCCGGAGACGUGGCGUACCACUUUGUGGGCUAUUCAUCGCUGUACAACUUCUACUGCUACCCAGAGCAGGUUCGGAUGCGGCUGAGCCAAUUCGUCAUCCUACCCCCAUUCCAACGAAAAGGCCACGGCUCCGAGCUGUACGCCUCUAUACGUAAAUACGUCCUCGCGGACCCCACGAUCGCCGAGCUGACCGUCGAAGACCCCGCCGAGGCGUUCGAGGACCUCCGCGACGUGUGCGACCUGCGCGAGCUCACCGCCGACGCGCGUUUCAUGGACGAGGCGUUCUCUCCCGCGCCGCUUGUUACCUCUGAGACGGCACCCGCAGACGAGUUUGCUCCGCUGGCGGAGGGCGAGAGCGCCCCUGCGGACGCGAGCGGCAAGGCGCCGAGGCAGCGCACGAAGGUGCGGCCUGCGCCGGCUGGAGUUCCUGCCAGUAUGGCUGCGAGUGGAAGCGUGGGUUUGAAAGGGAAGGGGAAAGGAAAGGGGAGGAUGGGGCCGCCGGUGGAUAAGGCGUGGGCGGAAAAGUGGAGGAAGGAUUUGAAGAUCGCCGGUCGCCAGUUCAACCGCCUCGUCGAGAUGCUCAUACUUCGGCAGCUCGAACCCGCGGACGAGCGUGCGUACAGGCUGCACGUCAAGGAGCGGUUGUACCGGUUUAACUUUGAGCAACUCGCACAGAUAGAAAAGCAGGAGCGGCUCGAGAAGCUGGAGGAGACAUAUCAGAGCGUGAAGGAGGACUACAUGCGGAUAUUGGCGGGGGUGAGGCGAGUAUGAACGAGUCCGAGUACCAUUGUUAUAACUAGAUCUACU